AUAACGUCUGCGCCGCUCUGCUUGACGUCAAACUGCUGCGCCGCUGUGUCGGCUUCAAACCAAACAUGGCUUCCAGACUAGAAAUCAAUUUCAUCAGGUUAUUGUCUCGCUGUGAGUCUUUGGCGUCGGAGAAACGGGGAGAGACGGAGUGGAGGCUUGAAAAGUAUGUGGGCGCCCUGGAAGAGAUGCUGGUGGCUCUGAGGAAAAGCCCGAGCAAACCAACACCAGAGGUCCUGGCUGAAUACACGAGAAAAGUCAACUUUCUGAAAGGAACUCUAGAAGCAGAGAAGCUGUCUUCGCCAACAGAAAAAGCUCUAGCUAAUCAGUUCCUCGCCCCCGGUCGGACGGCCACGAUGGCCAACGAGAGGAUGUCUGUCACUAAAAAAGUCCACACGCAGACGAAGGCGCGGUGCACGGGAGAGAUGAGGGACGAGCUGCUCAGCACGGGGUCGUCGGGAAAAGACGGAGACUUGAGGAACCGAAGAUGUUUUCCUCUGGACGAGCGUCAGUCUGCCGCAGAGCUGGACGCCGUCCUGCAGCAUCACCACAACCUGCAGGAGAAGCUGGCUGAAGACAUGCUGAACCUGGCCAGAAAUCUGAAGAACAACACUUUGGCUGCGCAGAACAUCAUCAAACAAGACAACCAGACUCUGAGCCAGUCCAUGCGUCAGGCGGACCUGAACUUCGAGAAGCUGAAGACGGAGUCCGAGCGGUUGGAGCAGCACACGAAGAAGUCUGUGAACUGGCUGCUGUGGCUGAUGCUCAUCCUAGUCUCCUUCACCUUUAUCAGCAUGAUCCUCUUCAUCAGAAUCUUCCCCAGACUCAGAUGAUGACCGUGAUCAUCCUCUGAACUCUUAGUCCCGACACGCUCCCGUGUUUACAAGAGCAGAGUCUUCACAGGCCUCCGUAGAGCUACAGCGAUACAGAUCAGUAGCUGUCAGCACCAAAACAAAUCAGUUUCACGGACUGUCACUUAACACUUUUGAAACUGAAAUCUUUCUCCUCCACAUUAAAGUUUAAAUCAUGACUCGAAGCGCCAGAAUUCUCUUUUUUGACACAGCAGAAUCUGCUGGGAGCAACAGCAAAGUCUUAAUGCACGGACGGCGGGACCUGAGCCUUAACUAUUUUAACCCUCAUCAGGACGGCUGCGAGCCAAUCAACACAUGUAUGCACUUUAUCACCAAGUGAAACUACAAACACACACUCGUCUUUGGUGGAGCAUCUGUUUAGUACUCGUGCACACUGAAAGGCGUUCAUGGACCGUCGCCGUCAGCUGUAACUCAGUUUGUAACAAAUGUGCCAUCGUUUGCUAAUGCUUUACCUUAAAUCCCCAGUUUAGUAUAUUUGAUUUAAACAUCAUAUAACACACUGAUGUGGCUGUAAGCAGAUAGAAACAUGCUGUACAUUUUUAUGCUAGGUCACGUUUCUACACAUCCAGUUCUGACCUGAGGGGCUGAAAAUGAAGAAGAGUCAAAAACUGCAGUUCCACCAGUGGCCACUUGAGGCCCACUCCCAGAUUGAGUCAUUUACCCACAGACUCGCAUGUUAAAAUGCAGCAUUACAGUAGAAGUAAGCACAUCAACAGCCUGCUACUAGAACCAGUUUCAUCUUGACCUUUUUGACAACUUUACUGUUUCCUUUCUUUCUUACCUCACUUGUUUAAACCUUGCUGAGGCUUAAAGUCGGGCCAAGGUGGAUGUGAGACAGGCAGCUGCAGGCCUGUGUCUGUGAUUCACCUGCAGUUUGCUCUCACAUGUGGUGGCUUCCAGUCCAAAAAACAACAACGUAGCGAUGACCAAAAUCACAAACCACAGGGUGAUGUGCUUUAAAGUAAAGCAUCACCAGCUGUUCACUGAAAGCAGCUCGGUAAACUCGCACUGGUGUUUAUCACUUAAAUGUUUAAACGUCGUUAAGGGUCAGAGCCAGCGUCGUCAGCCCUGUUAUAGUCGGUUUCCUGCGUCAGGUGAUCCUGUUUGUUCACGUCCUGUUUGACGGCUCACGUGUUGUGCGUAGUAUCACUAAAAUGUCAUCUGAUUCAAGAGAGAAAUAAAAUAAUUUAAUUUCCCUCCGUCGUUGUCAUUGUGAGUCCAGAG